AUGCUGUCGCGGUGGAGCGAUGGCAAAGCUCCGAGCGAGAAACUGAGAAAACGGGUAUGGAAGGGCAUUCCUGAAAAGCUCAGGUCAUUGGUGUGGGCUCGACUGCUUGAAAUCAACCGAUAUCAGCAGGAGCGGAAAGGGAAUGUGUAUCGCGAAUUAUUGAUGCGUGCGCGACUCACAUCGAAAGAUGUGAAACAAAUCGAUUUAGACAUCAAUCGUACCUACCGCGAUCAUUUGGCAUUUCGACGGCGAUAUGAUGUCAAAUUGACGAAUUUAGUUGUUAAAGACACCUUCGUUUUAUUCAGACAGCAAUCGCUAUUUAACGUACUGGUGGCUUACGCAGUAUACAAUACGGAAGUGAGUUACUGCCAGGGGAUGAGUCAAAUUGCUGCGCUUUUUUUGAUGUAUAUGGAUGAGGAAGAAGCAUUUUGGUGUAUGCACGCACUACUUGUUGACAAAAAGCAUUCCAUGCAUGGCUUUUUUAUUCCGGGCUUUCCAAAAUUAGUACGUUUUCAAGCACAUUAUGAAAAAAUAUUACAAAAAUAUCUUCCUCGCCUGAAAAAACAUUUGGAUAAAACAAGUAUUCCUCCAAUUUAUUUGACAAAAUGGUGGUUCGGUUGCUUUCUGGACCGGGUACCAUUUCCAUUGGCAUUGCGAUUAUGGGAUGUUUUUUUGCUGGAAGGUGAUGUAAUACUCACUGCAAUGGCCUACAAUAUCAUGAAAAUGCAUGAAAGUAUGUUUGGUUGCUUCUCUGGCAUUGAAAAGGACUUUACUUUCGAUUUUCAAAUUCAGAAAUUGGAUAGGGAUUUAUUUGUGAUAAAUGGAAAGGCAAAGAUGAAAGUCGUUGAAAAGGAAAUCGAAUAA